UUUGAAACGCAUAAAUAGCAGAACAAAAAAAACUCGUACUUGUCGUAAACGACAUUUCCAGGCAGCGUUCAUUUAUACAGAGAACCCUGAACGCAGCAUCCAGAGCAAUGAACUGAGGGCUAAGAAGGACGAUGAUAACAAAAAUGGACAUCGAAGGAAAAUAGCCUCGCUUUGUCUGACCUCCGACUGGCAUUUCACGAAGAGCUAGAAGGGAGAAAAGUGAGAGUCCAGAACCAUGGAGGCUCGCUUUGGUAAUAUUGUCUUCAGCUCCAAGUUUGACUCAGGGAACCUGGCACGUGUGGAGAAGGUGGAGAAGGGCAGCUCCAGCCCUCCUUCCGACAUAGCUCCUGGUGGGAGUGCCCUCUCAGGGCCAAACAUUACCCCUGAUUAUGAGUUCAAUGUGUGGACGCAGCCAGACUGCGGUGGCACAGAACAUGAGAAUGGAAACAGAUCAUGGUUUUACUUCAGCGUGAGGGGAGCCGCACCUGGUAAGAUACUGAAAAUCAAUGUGAUGAACAUGAACAACCAGAGGAAGCUCUACAGCCAGGGCAUGGCUCCUCUCGUACGCACCUUACCCGGCAAGAACCGAUGGGAAAGGAUCCGGGACAGACCCACAUGUGAGAAUGUAGAUAACCAGUUCAUCCUCUCAUUCACCCACCGGCUAUUGGAGGCGAGAGGAGCGACCACAUUCUUCUCCUUCUGCUUCCCGUUCUCUUAUAGUGAGUGCCAGGAGAUGCUGCAGCAGUUUGACAAGAGCUACCCCAAUGCUGCUCAACUCAGUCCGAGCAGUGAACCAGACAGUGUGUAUUAUCAUAGGGAAUUGCUGUGCCACUCUCUAGAUGGCAACAGGGUGGACCUGAUCACUGUGACCAACUGCAACGGAAUGCAAGAUGAGAGAGAACCGCGUCUGCCCAAGCUGUUUCCCGACGCCAACACUCCAAGACCACACCGCUUCCCCAGCAAAAGGGUGUUUUUUCUCAGCAGCCGAGUGCACCCGGGCGAGACUCCCUCAUCCUUUGUGUUCAACGGUUUCCUCAACUUUAUCCUGAGAAGAGAUGACCCACGUGCUCACGUGCUUCGGAAAAUAUUUGUGUUCAAGCUCAUUCCCAUGCUCAACCCAGACGGGGUCGUUCGUGGCCACUACAGGACUGAUUCCAGGGGUGUGAACUUGAACAGACAAUACCUGAACCCCAGCCCUGAGCUGCACCCUUCCAUCUAUGCAGCCAAAACACUGUUGCUCUACCACCACACACACAACCGCCGGCACAAUCCACAGUCCAGCAAUCACUGUAACAGCCCCCCGCACCCGCAGACCGCGCCACUUAGCGUCAAACCUGCCAAUCAGCAUCAGUCCCCUCCCUUCACUGCCCUCGAAGUCAGCUUGAACCAACGAAACGCAGAGAAGGAUGCAAAUCCCGCGCUGCCAGACGUUCCCAUGGUGAUGGAGGAAAAGGCCUGGGUCACCACAGAGAUGGGGAGGGGGGACCAGAACAGCUCAUCUAGCUCCCCGGAGACUGUAGCUCCUGUUACUGUCGAGGUAACCGUACCACAGGUGGAGGAACAGGAAGCAGUUCCACCCCAGGAUGGCGGUGUGGCAUAUUAUGUGGACUUACACGGCCACGCCUCCAAACGGGGAUGCUUCAUGUACGGAAAUAACCUUUCUGACGAGAGCCAGCAGGUAGAGAACAUGCUGUAUCCAAGGCUGAUCGCUGUGAACUCCGCCCACUUUGAUUUCCUGGGCUGUAACUUCUCGGAGAAAAACAUGUAUGCACGAGACAAGAGAGAUGGUCAGUCUAAAGAAGGCAGCGGGCGGGUGGCCGUUCACAAAGCCAUAGGGCUGCUUCACAGCUACACUUUGGAGUGCAACUACAACACAGGAAAAACCAUGAACACCAUUCCACCUGCUUGUCAUGACAACGGACGGGCAACCCCCCCUCCACCGCCAUCAUUCCCUCCAAAAUACACUCCAGAAAUAUUUGAACAGGUGGGGCGUGCCGUGGCCAUCUCAGCCCUGGACAUGGCAGAGUGUAACCCCUGGCCACGGCUGGUGCUGUCGGAGCACAGCUGCCUGAUGAACCUCCGAGCUUGGAUCCUCAAGCACGUCCGCAACACCAAAGGCCUGAACACACACAUCCACGCUCAGCCUCCACCACGAAUACACCACAGUGGCAGCAAGGCAUCACCGCCGAAGAGCUUCAACAACUGUCUGUCUGGCUCGGCGUCGGAGAACACCCUCAGUCGCAUUCGCUGCAACAGCCACAGUAGCAGCAGCCAGACUCCCUCCCCAAAGAUGCACAGCUCCCCGAGCUUUACGUUUGGCUGCCCCCCACCCCGGACUCACACGCAGCACAACGGCACGCACAACGGCGGACGUGGAGGCAACAAGACACUCGGGCCAGUCAGGGACCCUAAGCCUCAGGAGAAGAGACGCCCCCCCCACCACCACUCCAUCCUACGGUCUCCCAGCAACAGCCACACACCCUCCCGCCCCCCACUCUCACCCACUUCCUCCUCGUCCUCCUCGUCUUCCUCCGUGUGUGCAGCGGGCUCCUGUCCCCUCCCGGCCUCCGUCACGAUGACAGGCCUCAGCUGCCCAGACUUUCAGGCUGGUGGACCCAGUUCAGUGGGUUGGUCCAGAAUUCCUUUCCCCAUGCAUCCUGGGCGCGUGAGGAGAGGAUGCCGGACUCUUACAAUCACUCAUCACCCCGCAGAGGCCCGCACAGAGACUGCUAAAGCCUUGGGCCCUGAACACAUCCUUUCCUCCAUCAAAUUUAGCAAAUGUGAGCUGCAACCCCACGUGAGCCGCAUCCCCAUCAGGAGGGUGGGGUCGACUGAAAGCCCUCCUGCACAUGACACCACAGCAUCCCCUAGGAGCAUUAACCCAGUUCCAUUAGGAGAUAAGGAGGUGUCAGCCACCAUGAAGGUCUGGAAGCUGCUUAGACCUGGCCUCCAUCGACACCUGUCACUGUCAGGUGUAUCAGGGAAAAAAGAGUGUGCCGUGCAGUUGGUCUCUAAAGCACUAAUGAAGAAAAGCCCAGAUAGGAGUCUCCACUACACAGAAACCACCAUUAUAGAACCUGCACAAGAGAAGGACGGGACAGUGCAACAGGUUGAGGAAAGUCCAGUGAUGCCCCUGCCUGAGACAUUGACCCUGUGUGAGACAGUGACCCUGUGUGGAGAAGCCUAGGAACUGCACAGAAGAGGCUGGCGUAUAUGUCUAUAUUUGCUUCAUGUGAGCCUAAAUUCCUAUAUUGUGACCAAAACCAUUUAUAACUAGGAAACAGGAGGGGGCACUCUCAUCAAUAGAGAAUCAUUUGAGGCAUCUUAAUGUGCAAUACAACAAUGUUAGCAGUAUUUAUUCAGAUUUUCCAGAGCACACGUGGUGUUUUCAACCAUGCCGUUCAACAUAGUAAGACCGUGGAGCUGUCCAUUCCAACCAUUAUAAAAGCAGCUUCACUGGAGCAGCUGGAGGUUUAGUGCCUUGCUCAAUGAACUGUUGCUAAGUUACGGGAGAGGUGCAAAACUUCCCCAUCCAAGUUUUCCAACUUAACAAGAAUCCGUAGGCCUGAAACAUCCUUUAACCUUUCAGCUACUUUUACCAUUGUACUUCUCAUAUCGGUUUUUGUGUUUUUAGUCCUUGCCUUCUGAUGUCCAGCCCCCAAAAUGAGAUGUUAAAUGCACUCCGACCAACACUGUAAUCCACUAGUAUUUUUACAGUCAGCCACUUGUACUAUUACAGCAACAGGUUGAUUUUUAUUCAGACUGACAAGCACAACAGCACCUUUAUAAAACUCUGUAUUUCCAUUGUGAUUUUAGAAACAAAUUUGUGAGUGAAGUGUGUAUUUAAUGUAAUUAAACGCAGAUCCACAGCAAAGAAACUGAAAUGGACUUUUAAGUCCACUUAUGAAACGAUAACUAACUGCACAUAUUGUCAUAUGUGGUGGAAAUUACCUGUGUGAGCCAUGUGUGGCAAGCGAGUUUUUGGAUAAUAACAGUAAUAGUAGCUGGACCUUUUAAGGCUCCAAUUAUCUCUUGGAGUAAAGUAGUGAGUUAUUAAAAAUGGAAGGGAAAAACAUGGCACAGCUGUAUCUGCCUACAGCAGGCCACCCUCAAGCAUGAAUGUGAAUGAGGCCCCAGUGAGAGAGGACACCAAUUCCCAUAAAGCCUGGCAGCGGUUGCAUCUGCUGCAGUCUACCAGAGUACUGUGAUUUGGGACUUUCCUUUUCCACAUAAAGCCAUUUACACAAGUGGCAUAAACACUUUAAAAAGUAAAACGUGGUGAAGUCCAAAGGGUGGGUUAAUACCCUUAUACGCUUUAUAUCUGGUUAAAAUAUACUUUGUCACAUUCCUUUAGAGAUUUUUGCUCCACAGCACACAACUAUAGGAACCUGUACUUUCUAACCAUAUAUAUAU